UCUUGAGUCGUGACGUCUGACAUCAUUGCAGUUGAUUUAAUAAGAAUAAACGUGUCGCACAUGAGACGUGACUAACUCGGUACGUUUAUAUCGAUAAUCGCAUCACAUCGGUACAUCAAGAGUCAUAUUAAAAUCGUCUGGCGCUUCAUUCGUAUCCGGUCGUUAGUGUUUGUCGUACGUCAUAAAUUGAUAAGGAUAUUCCACGGUUUUUUCCUUAAACUGUUUUAAUGGAUUUGAUUAUAAAAUUAUAUUGAAGAUAUAAUUUUUAAUAUACCUACCUACGGUUGUGGUUAUAGAAAGCUUUUUUUUUAUGAUGUCAGCCUAUGUGUGUGUGGAAUUUGUAUCUUAAUCGUCCUCGUUGCCUGGGAAUAAAACGGUUUAGUAAAGAAAUUACUAUAUUGAGAUUCUAGUUGAAUUUAUUCCUUCGGUUCGGUACAACUUAAUUUAGACAGUAAGAAACGUUAAUUGAAUCUGAAACAUUUGUCGACAAAAACAUAAAAUUCAAAGUGAUACCUUUAACGACAUUCGAAAACUAUCGUGAAUGAAAUAAGCAUAUUUGUAAGAUUUCAUUUUAUCAUACUAAAAUGCAUCAGCAAAGUGCAAAAUCUUUUCUUAUUCGAGAUCUACUUGGGGAUUUAAUUAACCGACAUCAAAAUCACGUCGACGAUGAUUCCGAUAUAUCAGAUGACAACACGGAUAUUGAUAUUGAAGAUCGUUCUUCACCUGAAUCUGGAAUAAUGAACUGUCACAACGAUUUACAAUUUAACAACAAUCACCUGCAAAACAGAAAUAUUCUCGGUAAUGAGUCUAGUGUCGAUUCGAAUAACCUCUCAUCGCCGGAAGGUCACAGUUCGAAUGAUCAUAAAACAAAUCUAGGAAAAUCCGGGCGAAAGCCUCGACGUAGAAGAACCGCUUUUACACAUGCGCAAUUGGCUUACCUAGAGAGAAAGUUUCGAUGCCAAAAGUAUCUGUCAGUAGCAGAUCGAAGUGACGUAGCAGAUACCCUAAACUUGUCUGAGACUCAAGUAAAGACGUGGUAUCAAAAUAGAAGAACAAAAUGGAAGCGACAAAAUCAACUGAGAUUAGAACAACUGCGUCAUCAGGCUUCUUUAGAAAAAGAAUUUUCCAGUGAUCAUGCCAAUUCUGCCACAUUAGGAUGUUGCCCGACGUCCUUGUCAUCGUUCUCUUCAGCGAAUCCUUGCACUUUUCUAACUUCAGCAGCGGCAGCAGCAAUAUUUCGGAAUGUGAGCUAUGUGCACGGAUGUCCAUUGUAAACUUAAAUAAAAAUAAAGGUGUCUUUGACAAGAACUCGAUAUGUAUGUAAAAAUGAUGUAAAUAAAUAAAGUAAAUGUAUAUGUAUGUAUAUCUAAAUUAGAUCGUUCUUCCGAUUUUUGUGUGUGCAAUAUAUAAUUAUGUUCGAAAAUAAAAAAAGUGAGAAAAAUAA